AUGAGAGAUAAAACUCCACUUUCACGUAAAGGGCCAAGAGGACAAUAUUUACAAUGGACUCUUUGUCCGGGCUCGAAAGCACCUAGGACCACCAAGUUCAACCGGAAUAAGGUGCACGAACUACUACAACUUCUGUACCCCGCCGCAUGUUAUGCUCCACUCCUAUCUCCAAGAACAAAAAACCGCCUGUGCAGCUGUCCCGGCGUUUGGGGCGACGGGGGUCACGUUCUCCUGGUGGUCUGGGACCCGAGGGCCUCUCAGUGGGUGGACCCAUCCGCGGAGGUCGUAGCCCGUCUGGGCGGAGUCCCGGAGGACGUGUCCAGUGACGAGGAUGUCGGGCCGUCGCAGCACUAUCCCGUUGCGGACCGGCGGUGGGUCGGUGAGCUUGGCGGUGGUGGCCGCUCCGGGUCCCCUGGCCCGUCGUCGGUGCCCGACGUUGUCAGUCCCUCAACCUCUGCGUCUUCCGUCGGCGCCGCGCUGCAGGGCGCUCCGGGCUGCCUGUGGGGUUGCGCAGAGUGCCCGAACUCCUAUACCCUCUGCGUGCAGUGUGAGGGCGAGCAGCUCCUCGAGCACCGCGCUGAAGUGGAGUUCGCCGAGGCCGCCGCCCAGAUGCGGCACUUCGCGGCGGUAGAGGCGGCUCUAUGGCUGGACGAAGCCCGCGCUGCCCGCCAGCUGGCUGAGCAGGAUGAGAUCAGCGCCGCCGAGGCCGCUGCCAACGCCCUCCUCGAUGCUGAGGAGGCAGCCGCGCGAAUUCCGUAGGACGUGCUUUGUACUCUGUAAUAAAGGCCUUGCAAACCA